AUGAAUGUGGAAACAUAUAAAUAUCAAGAAGCCAUGCAAGGAGAAAAUUUGCGUAAGGGGACUUGGCUUCAAGAAGAAGAUGAACAAUUGACUAGCUUUGUGACCCGUCUUGGGGAACGAAGGUGGGAUUCCCUUGCGAAAGUAGCCGGCCUUAGGAGAAGUGGUAAAAGUUGUAGGUUAAGGUGGUUGAACUAUCUUCGUCCAAAUCUCAAGCAUGGCCCUUAUAGUGUCGAAGAAGAGAGGCUUAUUAUUCAACUUCAGCAGCAAUGGGGAAACAAGUGGUCCAAGAUUGCUCGUAGGCUUCCCGGAAGAACCGACAAUGAAAUAAAAAACUAUUGGAGAACACAUUUACAAAAGAGAGUACAAGUUCAACAAGAAGGUGAAAUAUUUUUUGUGCUAUUAUAUACAUAA